ACUCUUCCGUGAUUGUAUAUAAAUAAACGAUACGAUAUGUACCUGUAUCAGUCAACCAAUUUUUUUCUAACAAUGAAGAUAAUCGUAGGUUUGCUUGUUCUGUGCCUCGCGGUUGCAGCUUAUGCUACUCCACGAAUCGUCGGUGGUAAGGAUGCCUCGGAAGGCGCAUACCCAUAUCAAGUGUCACUCCGUCGUCCAACUCACUUUUGUGGUGGCUCGAUAUUGAACAGUCGAUGGAUCCUCACCGCUGCUCAUUGUGUGCAAAAUCGUGAACAUACCGACGUGACAGUUGUGGCUGGUACUGUUUUGUUGAACAGUACCGAUGGACAAACUUAUCAAUCCGAGUAUAUCGUUUGGCACAAUGGCUUCAAUAUGCUCGUUUUGCGAAACGACAUUGCUCUGAUUCGCGUCGACCGUGAUAUUCAGUUCAACGACAAAGUUCGCCCGAUCAGCUUGCCCACUGAAGACUUCAACAAAGCUGAUUAUCCAGCUGUGUUGACUGGAUGGGGUCGAACUAGCACUGGAGGUCCGUUGCCAAACAACUUGCAAGAGAUCACUCUAAAAGUUAUUAGUAUUCCAAAAUGCCAACUUAAGUUGAUCUUCCCUAUCGUAACCACCGAAUCGCAUAUUUGCACUCUCACACAAUCUGGCGAAGGAGCAUGUAAUGGCGACUCUGGCGGUCCACUUGUUUCUGAUGGUGUUCAAAUUGGCGUCGUUUCUUUUGGUCGACCGUGUGCUCGAGGAGCACCUGAUGUUUAUACAAGAGUUUUUAAAUUCCUUGACUGGAUCAAUGAACAAAUGACUCAAUUUUAAGAAGAAUAGAAUUG